AUGGACCAGGAAAAGGAGCUGCUGAAAAUCACCAAAAAGCUGAAGAAGAUGGUGGCCAGGAGAAACAUGGGAGGGACCCUGGACCUUCUAAAGAAGCUGGGCAGCUAUCAGAUGUCUAUCCGGCUGCUACAGACAACCAAGAUUGGGGUUGCUGUUAAUGGGGUUCGCAAGCACUGCUCAGACAAGGAAGUGGUGGCCAUGGCCAAAGUCCUCAUCAAAAACUGGAAGCAGCUGCUGGAUUGCCCUGGAUCUCCCAAAAAAGGAAAAGCAAAAGAAAGAAGAAAAGUGAAGAAGAAGGUAAAAGUGCUUGAUUGUUCAGCUUGGAAGCCAGAAGCAGCCCUUUCUUCACCCAGGAGGAAAGGAAGGGAAGAACCCAAGAAGAGGAAAGAGUCUGUGGACUCCAAGUCUUCCGCCACCUCCUCUCUCAAAAGGCCAUCGACGAAAAGAUCAAACAGCAGCAAAUCAAAAGCGAAGACCCCCAAAACACCCAGCGGUCCCUCGAUGUUGGCCCCCUCCCCCUGCCUCCUGUCCCCCCGCUAUCUCACGGGGGACUGUAUCCGGGACAAGUGCGUGGAGAUGCUGUCGGUGGCCCUGAAGGCGGAAGACGAUUACAAGGACUAUGGAGUCAACUGUGACAAGAUGGCAUCAGAAAUUGAAGAUCACAUCUAUCGGGAGCUCAAGAGCACAGACAUGAAGUACCGGAACCGGGUACGCAGCCGCAUCAGCAACCUCAAGGACCCCAAGAACCCUGGCCUCAGGCGGAACGUUCUCAGUGGGGCCAUUUCCACUGGCCUCAUUGCCAAGAUGAUGGCCGAAGAAAUGGCCAGUGACGAACUGAAGGAGCUGAGGAAUGCCAUGACCCAAGAAGCCAUCCGUGAGCACCAAAUGGCCAAGACCAGUGGCACCAAUACUGACCUCCUCCAGUGCAGCAAAUGCAAGAAAAAGAACUGUACCUACAACCAGGUACAGACACUCAGUGCCGAUGAGCCCAUGACUACCUUUGUCCUGUGCAAUGAAUGCGGGCAUCGCUGGAAAUUCUACUGACCGCAGCACCUACCGAGAGGUAGAGAAGGAGGUGAGAAAGGGCAGAAACUUAAAAUGGAGAAAACUCCCAAUCUCUGAGUGAGUCAGUAGGGGUCAGAGGGAGAAUUCUUUUGCCAAUUAAUAAUCAGUCAUUGUAAUGAUUGGCUAACCGAAGAGCAUAGCAGGAUACCAGGCCAAGCAUCCGUGUUGACAGACUGCUUUUAGAAAAUCAGAGCAUCAUUGCUGAGGAGUCACAUCCCUGACAGGGAGCUACCUGACCUUUGCUUUGAGGCCCUUCCCUCUCAUCCAAGUCUCAUUCCUUCCUGGAUUGACAAAUGCAGAGAUCUGGGGGUUUAACUCAGUAGUAGAAUGCUUUCCUAGCAUGUGGGGUUCCCAGGUUCACUUCCCAGCACAGCAAGAAAGGAAGAAGACAAGAAAGCACAUCAGAGUUGGGGUAUAGCUCGGUAGUAGAGUACAUGCUCAGGAUGCUUGAGGCCUUGCCUACCACCAAAGAAAGAAAACAAAAGUACCACUGGGCAUGGUGGUUCAUGCCUGUAAUCCUAGCACCCUGGACGGCUGAGCCAGGAUGUUGCAAUGUCAAAUGGACAAUUUAGUGAGGCUCUGUCUCAAAAAAGAAGUGGGGAUGUAGUGCAAUAUGAAGACCCUGGGUUCAGACAGCAGUAGCACCAAAAAAUAAGUACAUAAAAGCACCAAGCAGGUACAGCGGCACAUAUCUGGGUAUGAUCCCAGCAACUGUGGACUUGUAGACUGAAGCAGGGAUGAAUGAGGCAGAGAUUGGGCAUGGCAGAGUGGGAAAUUGGGUGGGACCUGUCAGCCACGGAAACUUGUCGUGUGUGUGUGUGCAGGGCAGGCAGCUUUGGAGCCCUGUGUAGGACACGUGAGGUCUGCCAGCAAAAGAAGGGUAUAAGAAUAUCAGCUGUCGACCUCUUGGCCAUUGGCCUUGUUUUUGCAGUGGCCUGCUCUGCACCCAGAGUGUAUAUUCUCUCUUCUUUAGAGCACUUUUGCCUUUUUGAACUUUUUUCUAUUUUUCUCUACCUUUAAUAAAUGUGAAAUUUUUACAUUC